UCAAAUGGAAAUCCUCGAACUCCAGAUUCUUUGCACUACAUUGAUCCUUCUGGCCGGUUCAAUGCUUACCAACAGGCUAUAAUGGAGGUCGGAGAGGUCAUACAAUUUUAUGAUUCUGAUAGGCGCUUUCCUGCGUGGGGAUUUGGGGGAAGGACAAUUGAUGGUACCGUAUCACAUUGUUUUAACUUGAAUGGAAGUGCAAGCGGCAUUGAGGUUGAAGGGGUCCAAGGGAUCAUGGCUGCCUAUGCAAGUGCACUGAACCAUGUUGCUCUAGCAGGACCGACUUUAUUUGGACAAGUGAUCAAUAAUGCAGCUGAAAUUGCUCGCCAGGCCCUCUCCUGUAACAGCCGCAAAUAUUUUGUUUUGCUUAUCAUAACGGAUGGAGUAGUUACAGAUCUCCAAGAAACAAAAGAUGCUUUGGUCAGGGCAUCUGAUUUGCCCUUAUCAAUUCUGAUAGUUGGAGUGGGAGGAGCAGAUUUUAAAACAGAUGGAGAUCCUUGAUGCUGAUAACGGUUGUCGGUUAGAGAGUUCUACAGGACGUGUAGCAACUCGAGAUAUUGUACAGUUUGUUCCCAUGAGGGGAAGUGCGUGGUGGGCAAACUUCCGUAGUCCAAGCUCUAUUAGAAGAGCUACCUGGGCAGUUCCUGACUUACAUGAGAAGCAGAAUAUUAAACCCGG